AUGGCGUGCGUAAACGCAAACACAGGUUCAUUUGAAUGGAUAAAUAAAAAUGUGUUAGAAAUGGCUCACCUCUACUUUUGCGACAACAAAGGAUUCAUUUUUUUCAUGUAUUAUUCUACCUUUUUGCACAUUCUACAAAGAGCUUCCUGGCCGUUUGAAUCCAUCUCCUCUUCACAAUUUCCUAUGUUCAAUUAUCUGUGUGAUGCUCAUAUCUCUGUUCCAAACAGCAGGCACUUUUACCGCCGAAACAGAACAACAUCACGAUCUGCAGCAUGGAUCGUCUACCGGAAGAGGAUGGAUUGCAAACUUGCCUUACCUUUGUUAUUUAGCAGUAGAUCAGAGGCAUCGGAAUUUGCUAUGGAUAAUACAUCACCUCCACAACCGCAUAUAAACAACGGAGAAUAUCGAGUGUUGGGGGAUGAUCCAUCAGCUGCAGUAAAUUCAGUAAAUGCGAUUUACCACUGGCCAAGAACUCUCAAUAUUUGUUCAGUUGUUACAUAUGUAUUUGCCUGUGUGUGA